AUGUCCGACGACGCCUGGAACGGCGAGGAAUACAUCUCCCGCCCCAAUGUCCGCCAAGCGGCGGGCAUCAACGCAGCCACCAUCAUCCGCGCCAUCGCUGCCGCAGGCGACAACACGCCUCCCACGGAAAUCGACCUGCUGGAAGUGGGCGCCGGUGUCGGUGUCGUCACACCGUACUUUAAAGACUUUAAGAGCGUGUACGCUAUCGAGCCCAGCCCGUCCAUGGCGUCUGUGCUUUCCACCCAGGUCGACCAGCUGCCAAACGUCAAAUGGGCGAUCCACGAGCUGACGCCCGACUCGGCGGCGCAGUUCCAGAGCGGCCAACCGCUCCCGUCACCCACCGCCGCCGAGCCCGAGCGCGCACAGCCUGCGCCGCGCACGCACUGGGACGUCGCCAUCUCCACCCUCGUCGUGCACCACGUAUACGACUUCCGCACGUUCUUCCCGGGCGUCCUGGACGUCCUCCAGCCCGGCGGCCUGUUUGUCGUGCUCGAGUUCGCGCCCGGUCCAGACGGCGAGGACUUGAGUGCCAAGCACCAUGUCAUCGAGGACAAGGACAACGUCCCGGUCUACAACGGCGACGACAAGGUCAUCUCUGGAAAGGAGUUCCGCGCCACGUGGAGCCGGGACCAGCUGGAACAGCUGUUGCAGCGCUAUGGGUUUGUGGAGACGGGCGGGAUGGAGGGCAGCACGAUCCCGGCGUUUACGAAGAACUCGUGUCCUACCCAGGUGGUGUGGGGACGCAAGCCUAGGGCCUAG